AUGGUGAUCGAGGACAAGAAAUACUCCUUCGACCGUGACCUGAUCGGCUACGGCCAGCAAGGCAGAAACGCGGAAUGGCCAGGAGGAGCCCGUAUCGCGGUCAGCAUAUGUGUGAAUUAUGAAACUGGGAAAAAGGUAAUCAGAACUCUUCGAGCAUUCCUGGAUGGAAAUGGCUUCACGAACAAUGACACUUGGGCCAUCCAUAUCACCCGAACCACCUGGACUAACAAGCAACGUCUUUAUCUCUCUGCAGCCGGAGGCCCCGCAUUCAUCAACGCCCGCCAGCCCAACGUCGAAUCCGAAUACGCAUACGGCGCCCGCUCGGGGAUCUGGCGGCUACUGCGCCUCUUCGCGGAACAUUCCUUCCCAUUCACCCUGUUAUCCGUGGGACAAGCGCUGGAGAUGAACCCUGCCGUGGCCAAGGCCUGUGUCGCCGCUGGCCACGAGAUUGCAGGCCACGGAUACCGAUGGCUCGACUGUCGAGAUCUCCCGCCCGCGGAGGAGAAGGAGAACGUCAAGAAGGCCAUCCGGGCGAUCCAGACGACGUCCGGGGUGGACCCCACGGGCUGGUAUGUCGGUCGGAUCAGUCCGAACAGCGUCGGCGUGGUGUGGGAGGCUUUCGCGGAGAUGGGGCUGCAUCUGCAGUGGCAGAGUGACUUCUACGGCGACGACGUGCCAACCUGGACGCAUCUGCCCGCUGGUUUGGCGCGUGUGCAGGAAGAGCAAGCAGCUCGACAGGGCGACAGCGCAAAGCCACAAGAAGGUCUUCUGCAUGUGCCCUACUCGUACGACUGCAACGACAUGAAGUUCCACUUCGCGGCCGACGGAUUCGGCGGCGCCUCGUUCUACGAGUACCUCGUCGACGCCUUCGACAUGCUGUACGAGGAAGGCGGCAAGAUGAUGUCCAUCGGCAUCCACCCCCGGAUCGUGGGCAAGCCUGGCCGCGCCAGGCAGCUGCAGCGGUUCUUGAACUAUAUCAGCGCGAAACCGGACGUCUGGGUGUGCAGGCGAGCAGAUAUCGCGGCGCAUUGGAGGGAGCGAUUUCCGUAUCAGCCUGCAUCGGUAAAGGAUUGA